CCCCGCCGAGCUGCCCAAGUCCAGUGAGCUGCGAGAGACCAGACAACUUCACCUCCCGGAAGCGGCUGUGCCGGCCCCUCCCGGCCCCUCCGGAAGGUGGGCGUGGCCCUCAUGAAUAAUAAGUUACGGGGGGGGACUGGGCCCGCCCCCUCGGGCGGGAAGGGGGAAGCGCCGAGGCUGUCUGACUGGAAUGAGGGUAGCUGCGGCGACUGCAGCGGCGGGAGCGGGGCCGGCCAUGGCGGUGUGGACGCGGGCCACCAAAGCGGGGCUGGUGGAGCUGCUCCUGAGGGAGCGCUGGGUCCGAGUGGUAGCGGAGCUGAGCGGGGAGAGCUUGACGCUGACGGGCGACGCCGCGGCGGCUGAACCCGAGCCCGCCCUGGGGCCGGCGGCGGCCACCUUCAACGGCCUCCCGAACGGCGGCGGUGCCGGCGACUCGCUGCCUGGGAGCCCGAGCCGAGGCCUGGGGCCCCCGAGUCCCCCCGUGCCGCCGCGGGGCUCCACGGGUGAGGCGGGCGCGUCGCCGCCGGUGCGCCGGGUGCUAGUAGUGAAACAGGAGGCGGGCGGCCUGGGCAUCAGCAUCAAGGGCGGCCGCGAGAACCGGAUGCCGAUCCUCAUCUCCAAGAUCUUCCCGGGGCUGGCAGCCGACCAGAGCCGGGCUCUGCGGCUAGGCGACGCCAUCCUGUCGGUGAAUGGCACGGACCUGCGCCAGGCCACCCACGACCAGGCCGUGCAAGCCCUGAAGCGCGCGGGCAAGGAGGUGCUGCUGGAGGUCAAGUUUAUCCGAGAAGUAACACCAUAUAUCAAGAAGCCAUCCCUGGUAUCAGAUCUGCCAUGGGAAGGUGCAGCUCCCCAGUCACCAAGCUUUAGUGGCAGUGAGGACUCUGGUUCUCCAAAACACCAAAACAGCACCAAGGACAGGAAGGUCAUCCCUCUCAAAAUGUGCUUCGCUGCUAGAAACCUAAGCAUGCCGGAUCUGGAAAACAGAUUGAUAGAGCUACAUUCUCCUGAUAGCAGGAACACAUUGAUCCUACGCUGCAAGGAUACAGCCACAGCACAUUCCUGGUUCAUAGCUAUCCACACCAACAUAAUGGCUCUCCUCCCACAGGUACUGGCUGAACUCAAUGCCAUGCUUGGUGCAACCAGUACAGCGGGAGGCAGCAAGGAAGUCAAGCACGUUGCCUGGCUGGCAGAACAGGCAAAACUAGAUGGCGGAAGACAACAGUGGAGACCUGUCCUCAUGGCUGUGACAGAGAAAGACUUGCUGCUUUAUGACUGUAUGCCAUGGACAAGAGAUGCCUGGGCAUCGCCAUGUCAUAGCUACCCUCUUGUCGCCACAAGGUUGGUUCAUUCUGGCUCUGGAUGUCGAUCGCCCUCCAUUGGAUCUGACCUCACAUUUGCUACCCGGACGGGCUCUCGGCAGGGCAUUGAGAUGCAUCUUUUCAGGGUGGAGACGCAUCGGGAUCUGUCAACCUGGACCAGGAUACUAGUUCAGGGUUGCCAUGCUGCUGCUGAGCUGAUCAAAGAAGUCUCUCUAGGCUGCACAUUAAAUGGCCAAGAGGUAAAAUUCACAGUGCAUUAUGAAAAUGGGUUCACUGUCUCCAGGGAGAAUGGAGGCUCCAGCACUGUGUUGUUCCGCUACCCCUUUGAAAGACUGAAGAUGUCUGCUGAUGACGGCAUCAGAAAUCUCUAUCUGGAUUUUGGUGGUCCUGAGGGAGAACUGACCAUGGACCUGCAUUCUUGUCCAAAGCCGAUUGUGUUUGUGUUACACACGUUCUUGUCAGCAAAAGUCACUCGCAUGGGACUGCUUGUCUGAGCAGCAAAAGUCAGAAAAGAGCCUUGACUGUCACCAAAAGUAUUUUCACCUCAAAAAAAAAGAAGAGGAAAAAAAGCACAAAAGAAAGCUCUUUGCUCUCUCUCCUCCUGUACAGUGCCUUCCCAAGGACCUGCAAAUCACUGCAGAACCAUAACUGGGUUUAAAGAAGAGGCUACCUUGGCCAGAAACUCUAGGACUUACUAAGCUCCAAAAUGAAGCUAUUGGUUUAUUGUCUCAUUUCAUAAUGUGGUCUAUAGGUAAUCAGGUUUAUUUCCCCUGUUAAAAAUGGUGGCUUUUUAUUUUUUGUUUGUUUCCUUUGGGCUUUUUUUGGACAUAGUCAAGUAGCCAGCCAAGAGCUGUUUCCUUCUCUUAUUCCUUAGGACUUGUUUCAGGCUUGGCCUUGACUUCUGACUUCUGGUAGCUUUCCCUUCCCAGGUGCUAGAGUGCAGCAGCCUGUGCUUCUUGGUCAUUCCACACGGGCCAAUGCUUCGUUAGUGCUGUCUUCACCUGCUCCUUCCACCCAAUGAAACCCUUGAGCUGCAUCACCAAAGGGUUUUUCCGUCUGUCCUGGGUCUCGCCAUAUCCAACCUACCCAUCACCACUUUGCCCAUCACCAGCUUUGCUGAACAUAAGUGCUAACUUUAGGGUUAAGAAACUGAAAAAUUUGAUUUGCCUUGCUUCUCCCUUUCUAGUGGUGACCAAGUUGAUGUGCAAUUUGAAAACCACUGCAUUGGAAGGAAAAUUUUACUUGUUUUAAAUUUUUCUGAUUUUAUCUUUGGUAGGAGCCAGGGUAUAAGAUUUAUUUUAAAAGAAAAUCCUCAUUUUAAUCUAAGCCAUCCUUUAUUGCUUACCAAAAUGUGCCUUUGGUUAGGAUUAGUGGAGCUGAAUUAGUCACUAUUUGAAUAACUGGAUAUCACUACCAUUCCAGGGAUAUUAUCUGUCCUAGUUUCAAGCACCAGUCUUUGAGGGGGUUUUCCUUAAUGGCAUCUUUUCUAGUGGGCGGAUCUCUUUGAGGAAGAUAAAUCUCAAGAGCCAGCCUGUUAAAGAGUAGACUUUUUGGGUGAAGCCAGCUCUUCAGCACAACAUCUUAUCAAGUUCCUUUGGGCUAUGUGAGCCCACACAAGAGCCUGGCCCUAGCUUUCCCUUUCUUUAGCAGCAGAGUAGAAUGGACAAGCAGCUGCCAGCUCAGGACUCCUUGUUGGCUUCGUAAGGAAUCCUGCAGUGGGCAGGGUGAUGAGAUCAUGGCACAGCUACCUUUGUUUUGUUAACUCUUGCCAGGUGUCAGCAUUAGGACACAGCAGCAGUACGAAUGCUGAUUUUGUGAUCUUAGAGAUACAUGCUCAGCUUGUUUUUCCUAAUUUUAAAGGAGAUAUGUAUCUUUGAAAACAUUUAAAAUAGUAUAUCUAUAUAGAAUGUCAAAAUUAGCUUGGUCCCUGGAUCUGAAAGAAAAGGAAAUAGUGACUUUGAUGUUCUGUAUGUAGUCUAAAGAGUGGUACAGAAGUAAUUCUUGUUUUCUAGAGCUAUCAGGAGUUCCACAGGAAGAUGUGAGCACAACAGAGGGUGGAAGAGAGUAGCACUCCAAAUGGGUAGAUGCACAUGCAAAACCUGAGCUGUUUGGUUUGAGGGCAGACCGACUGAUAAGUGGAGUCUGAAGGAGCAGGCACCCAAAGCAGACAGUGUAACUCUAGUGUUCUCUCUGCCCAUAAGCGAGGCCUUCUUCCCCUGUGAAGUGAGACUAACAGUAUGCAGAGGAUGGGGAGAGAUGUCUGUUCUUCCUCCAGCUUCAAAUAAGUGUUGAAAGUCCAAAAAUGAAUGAACUGAUCCACUUAACACUGGAAAUUAAAAUCUAGACAAGAAUAACUUUCAAGAGCUUUUCAUGUUUUGAAAAUUAGUAAACCUGGCUGUGCACAUUGGCACAUGCCCGUAACCCCAGCUAGAAGGGAGCCUGAGGUGGGAGGAUGUGGAGUUUGAGGCUAGACUGGGCAACUUAGACCUCAUUUCAGAAGCAAAUAAAUAAACCUGAAAAUUCAUAAACCUAACAUUAGUUCCAUCUGAGAUACGCAUGCAGGGCAGGGGGAAAAAGUGUUCUGAAGGUCCAGCUCUGAUUUCUGGAAGCAAAAUUUGAACAAAUAAUAACCUCAGAUAAAAGAAUUUGGACAUUUAUUAUUAAGACAAGCUGAAUGAUGCAUUCAUGGACUUCAGCAGCAAGGCCAUUUCACUGACAUUUUCUGUGUUAAUAUGAAAGGCAAAGCCACUAAGAUCUGCAGGGGAAUUUCAAGGCCACCCUGCUUGUUAGUAAUAUGACAAAGGUAUGUAGAAUAGGUGUGAUUAAAAUAUGGGCAGGAGAGGUAAGACGUGUACAUUUCAACUCAUUUUGUUCAAGCUUAAAUUGUCAUGUGGCACUGAGGCCCACAGGGUUUAUAAUAAUAUCUUUUGAGUUUGACGUGAAAUGAAAGCACAUGGGAGGGUUUUGUCCACUAGCAGCUCAAGACCAAGAGCCCUAAGCUGCUUGUUUUACAAACUAACAGCUUUCCAGUCAUGGGUAGUCAAGGUUGUUCUUUAAUCAAACAUGUUUAAGGGAUUUUCAAACCAAAUUAAGUGGUUUUUAUGAAUGGGACAACUUUAUAUAUAUGUAUUUUGUAUUUAGGUGCCAAAAUAUGGCUAAUUAUUUUCAAGUAAUAAAUGGGCAUUUUGAUGUUUCACCUCUUUUAUAGAACCAGGUAAAUGAUCAUUUCCUUUAUACUUUGAAUUAGAAAUAUGGUUGAGGAUGUGGUGGGUCCCCCUGUCCAGAAUGGAAAGAAACUGCAGUGAAACCCAUCAUCCCCUCCCCAAGUCCAAGGGACCACUUCCUAUGCUCCAAGACCCAGGCCCGGGCAUCUUCUCUGUAUUCCACACAGAUGUCUAAAAGCAGUCAAUCUGUAUAUGAAAAAUCUUCCUCUUCUUUCCCUAAAACUUCCCUUUCUCCCCAUAAUAAAAGAAAUGACUCCAUUUUUCUCUUUUUGAAGAAGGUAAGUCCUUACCUGAAGUCAUUAAACAAAACUUACCUGGAAAUUAGUGUCUAAUAUUUUAUAUGAAGAAAUACUUAAAUGUAUGUUUAUACAGUAUUUAUUAGAUAGUUGUAACUGUAAACCUACCUACCUAGUAGACAGAGUUCCAGGUAAAAUAUUGGGACAUUUACAGGCAAUCAAAAAUGUUAUUUUAAAUGCCAUUCUUCUGUUUUAAAGCCAUGUUUUAGCACUUUUUACACUGGGGAAAGUCUUAUGGUGCCUGUAUUUUAAUCAUCUGAAUUCUCACAAACUUUGUUACUGAAAAUUUUUGCAUGGCAGGAAAGACUGAAUUAUUUAUAAGCUGAAAAAUCUACCCAACAAAUGUCAUGUGUAACAAAUAGCUAAUAAUGUUACUAAUUAUUUGUUUUCCUAAUUUAUCCUUUUAAGAAGAAUGGCAACAAAGCUUUUUUCAGCUGAUUAAAUGUGCUUAGCUGAGGAACAAAAAUUUAUUCUUAAAAAAAAAAUUAAACUCUGGAAUCUGGACGAGAUUAUGUUUCUCCCAAAAAGAAGUUUAGCUGUAAGUGGUUUUGUGGACAAAAGUAUGUGGAAAAAGUUAUGAUGCUUUUUUAAAAAUGUUGUGAGAACUAAAGGACUUCUACUUUAAUUUAUAUGCAUGUGGAUAUAUUUGCUUUUAAAACCAUGGAAGAAUCUGUCCAUGUUUUUAAUGCAAAUUGCCUUCUAAGCUGCUAUGCAAAUUUAUUAAAAAGCCCUACCUGCUUAAAGAGUUAAACAUUUUUUACAACUUUCAGGGAAGACCUGUAGACUCGAGCACUUUCUCUGCCUUUUUGUAUCUUAUCUUGUACACUUACAUUGAUUUAUGUUCAUUAUUUUCACUGGUUAUAAGCUAUUGAUUGUACAUAAUACUUAAACUAUCCAAAUAUCCAGCAUACAUUUCUAUGUGGCUCCCAUCAGUCAUGGGUGCCAUGAAUGAAAUGGCUGGUUAGAAAGCCAAAGGUCUUUGUUCAAUCCCUAAUCCAGAUAUAGAAUGCCAAAUCUCUUUGGUCUCAAAGCAAAUUGCUCUAGUCAGAUCAUAAUAUCUGUGUAAUGAAAAGAGGCUUAUUUAAAUUUGAGAUUCUGCAGUUAGUUAUAUUCAUUCUUUUAUAUAUCUCUAUCAGGUAUAAUAUAUGUGCCAGGUGGUAUUAUAUUACUUUAAGUUUGGAAAUCUUCCAUUUAUUGUGGCUUUUCUUUUUGCAGCUAAAGAUAAAAGGAGAAAAUCUACUCUCUCUCCCUCUGUAUUUUUAUCUCUUUUUUUCUUUUUUCCCCCUCUGUAUGGGGGAUCAAACUCAGGACCUUACAUUUGCCAGGCAGGCGCAGUGCCACUGAGCUAAACCCCUGGCCCCCACUCUGUAUUUUUAAAUUAGUAAUCUGGAAUUCUUUUGUCUUUCCACAAAAUAGCCAACAGCAGCAGUCUGCCCUACCCCCAUUUUAAGCUAUAUCUUUCACUGUGUUGAGUACAAUGAAUGUGUGAUAAUAGUUUUAAAAUCAUUAUGCUGUAUGUCAGGAUUAUGUAUUUUUGAGCAAUAUAGUUAUUCCUAGGCUGUAAUGAUGUUAAAUAGAAUUUACUUUAUUCUAGUAAUAGACUGGUUAAGUGGCUGAUCUGAAACUCUCUUAAAAAAAAAACAACUAAAUACAUGUGGUAGAUCAGUGAUACAGGUUUGUUCUAUUAAAGGAUGGAAUUUCAAAUUAAGGGUAAGGUACAAUAAAUAGGCACAUAGAAUACAUCUGUUUUCUUGUCUCUUUUUGACACUGGCUAAAUUGCCAACCAGAAGGACAGUUAUGCAUUAACUUGAAAGAGUAUUUUAAGAGGUGUUUAUUUGUUUUGAUGCUGGGGAUUGAACCCAGUGCCUUCCUCAUGCUAACCAUGCUCUACCACUGAGCUACACCCCCAGCUGUUCGUUUACUUCAAAACAUAAAUUUGAGCUUUCCACUGUGAAUGAUUGAACCAAAGCAUAUUCUAGUUUUAGAAGGGAAUUCAGGGCCGGGGAUUUAGCUCAGUGGUUCUGCUGCCUGCUUUGCAAGUGCAAGGUCCCAAGUAUGAUCCCCGGUACCAAAAAAAAAAAAAAGAUAGAAGUAAAUUCAUAUUUAAUGUAAUGUAUAACUGUCUUUUGCAAAUUAUUGCUGCUCUCCAGUGACUACUUGAUUAUAUUCAACAAAAAUCUAUAUAAACUGUAAUCUUUGAAUUGGUUAAAACUAAAAACCUAUAGGGCCGGGAAUGUAGCUCAGCUGUGCAGCACCUCCCUGGCAAGCUCAAGGCCCUGAGUUUGAUCCCUGGUACAAAAACAACAACAAAACCCUAAAAACCUGUAAUACAGAAAUGAUAUGUCAUUAUACUGUAGGACUGGGAAUCCUGAUUGGAUUUCUAUACUGUGGAUCCUCUACCUUCCUCAGUUUGCGGUAGUCUCAUUUCCAUGCCAUUGACACAACUCUUAAAUUUUUGAGUCCCUCUUUAUCCCAUUCACAAAUAUACCCUUCAACCCUGACUGUUCUGUCACUUCUCCCAAAGUGAUAGAAAUUUCUUGUGAAUACACAAAAAGAUCUUUGAGGAUUUGGUGUAACUUUGAAACUACAAGGCUAAUUAAUGACAUAUUAAUUCAUUUAUUCUUUUAUCUAAUUAGCAUUUAUUAAUGUACAUUUCUGUACCAGGCAGUCUGAAGGGUCUAAAGAAAUUUCUUUCCUUUAAGUAGCACAUAAUCUAUUAUUUCUCAAUCCCAACAUGCCUUCUCUUUAUAAAUCAGCAGUUAGGUAAUUAGCUACUUUGUAUUUUUACCAAAGUAUAUCCACAGUUCUACUUAUCUGUGUAUGGCAAACUGGAAAAUGUUUUGGUUUUUUUUUUUUGGUACCAGGGAUUGAACUCGGGACCUUGUGCUUGUGAGGCAGGUGGUGGCACCACUGAGCUAAAUCCCUGGCCCUUGGAAAAUGUUUUGAAAGGCUACUCAGACCUUGACCCAUGCCAACAAGAAAAGAUCCAACCACAUUUAAGUACGUUGAUCUUUUCAUUAUAUGUAAUCUGUUUUGUUUUGUUUUUUGUACUAGGGAUCGAACUCGGGACCUGGAGCUUGCAAGGCAGGCGGCGGAACCACUGAGCUAAAUCCCCGGCAUUAUGUGUAAUCUUAAAUGAAAAAUCAGACUGUAGUUUGGGAAAGAGCAGUAUAUACAUAAGAUAAAUCAUAACAGACAUUAAGCUCUGGUGCUGAAAGUGGAUUAGUGGGAAAGGCUUUUUAAAAACUACUUUUAAUUACAACUGCAGAAAUAAAUGUAUAUUUCCUUAAUCUGUAUUUCUAAAUUUUGCUAACCCAUUCAUUUCCACAUAAACCAUUUAAGCAUUCUCAUUUGCUGAAAGUCUGUAUUCAUGGUAGAGUGUUUCUCCACUAAUGAUCAAUCAAACUGAAGAUAUUUAAAAGUUAGCAAACUCUCCACUUAUCCUAGAAAAUAGUGGGCAUUCAAACUCCACGGAAAGGGAAAAGGAGAGGUUGAUCAUAUUCUCCAUAAUUUUCAUACAGUAACAGUCCCUUUCUAUUACCUUGCUUUCCAUGGGUUGCUAGGGUCAGCUUUUCAGACAGUAUCCUUAGUCACGGCUAGGAGCUAUGUGUGAUGGGAGUAGCACAGGGACAUAGACACAUGGCUGCGUCUCCUUCGUUUUCAGGUGUCCUGGAGUAGUGCAUAAAAACUAGGUCCAAAGGGGCGGGGGAUUUAGCUCAGUGGUUUCGCCGCCUGCCUCACAGGCUCAAGGACCCAAGUUCCAUCCCCGGUACCAAAAAAAAAAAAAAAACUGGGUCAUGUGUUCCACAUCUUGGCCCUUACUAUACCUGCCCUUCGACAGUCAGGUGCUAACGAUUGUAUUUUAUCAAAACCAGCACACAAAUAUUGUCCUGUAGGUGUCUGUUCUUCCUAGGUUGAAAAAUGUUUUCCUUCUAUCUCAGUCCUGUGAGGGUGGGUGUCAUUUGUAUCUUUUCACCUGUUUUGUGAAUCAGUAGAAUUUGGGGGAGAGAAAAUAAUCUGAACUAAGUUUUAGGUUUUCACAGUCACCAAUCUCUAUGAUCUUGUCACUUGUAGCAAACCUGCCCUUACUAUAAGAACUGGGUUCUGAUUUUCUUCUCCAGUACAAGAUGCCAAUGUUAGGUUUAUAAUCUGUUAGAUGGCUUCAGCAUUAGAAAUACUUGGUUCCCAAAGAAUCUGUUUCCCUUUUAGUACCUUACCUGAGGUCUUGUAGAAGAUAAUGUGGGAAACCAAUACAUAUUGGAAGCCUAUUUUGGCUAAUCUUUGCAAACUCUGGUAAUACCUACUUGGAUUACUCUUUCCAACACUACUUUCAUUUUUUUUUGUUGAGUAUAAAGACUUAGAAGGCUAUAAUAAUAAUUCUAUAAAUAAUUAAAAAUAUGAUACUCUUUUUUUCUUUUUAGAAUUCUGUACUUAAACAAGACUUCUUUUUAAGUGUUGUUUAAAAUGUAACUCUGGCUACCAAAUCAAAAACUCAUGGCAUAAAAAGGGCAAUAUUUGUGUUCUUAAUUCUUUUUAAAAGAGCUUUAUGUAUAAUCUAUAAAUAUAGAUAUAUAGACAAUACUUCCCCUUGAGUUGCACAUCAACAUAUAGCAUUGUACAUUACAAUGAAAGUUUGUAACUUAAGGGUAUUAUAUAUAAAUACAUAUAUAUCUUUGUAACCUUUAUACUGUAAAUAAAAAAUUGCUUUUAGACUUGUA